AUGUUUCGUAAUGUGUUCAGUGGGUGUGUAUCUGACCGCAGCUCACAGGCAGAGGCAUUUCGCUCCCAGAAGUUAAAAUUUGGAGCUUCUCUUUCGUCUGCUUUAAAGCAUGACUACUUGCCUGGUCCUCUUGUGGAUAUAUUGGUUCACAUUGCCAGAGAAGGCGUUUUGACAACGGAUGUGUUCCGCCGUCCAGGGAACCCAAACGAUACACGAAGGAUAGUGAAACGGUUGACAGAGGGCAAGCAAGUCAUCUAUGCCAACUACAGUUUUUACACCUUGGCUUCGGUUGUAAAGAAAUUCUUAUUAAAGAUUCCUGGAGGCAUAUUCACCCCAGAAGGCGAGGAGCAUCUUCUACAGGUGUUGGCAAUAGGUCCAAAAGUGGAGCAGAUUGAAUCGGUGCACAGUUUCAUGGAGACCCUGACUCGAGCCCACCAGCAGCUAAUUACCAUGUUAUUUGGGACGUGGUAUCGUAUUGUCACGUACCAGGAUCAGAAUUGUAUGUCCGUGGAAGCCUUGUCCCGUAGUGUUGCUGGCAGCAUGUUUCAUACGUGUGCUGAAGAUCCUGCAAAGGUGGAGAGAGCUAGUCGCAUCAUGCAGUUCCUGAUAGACAACUUUGGUGUGGAGAGUAUGUUUGGCCAGGACAACGUGAGAUUUUUUGUGGAGACCACACAUACGGGGCUACAUAUACAGGAGCUCUUCCAUUAUGGUUAUGUUUCAGAAGCGCAACGCAUUCCACCAGGGACGUCAGAGUUCAUAGAGAUGACAAGAAUGGAAAAGGAAGAAGAGGAGGAGGACGACGAGUAUGAAGACCGAGGUCUUGGAAGAGAGAGAGAGUUUAGUGAAAGCCCCCAGCUCUCGCCAACCGCACUGAGGCAUUCGAGAGAUGAGAUUCAUGAGUCACAGCUGAUCAACACAUCCACAUUGUCAGCUCCUGAAGUGUCUUUAGUUCCUUCACCUGAGGUCUCCAAGCGACCCAAGUCAUUAGAAGAUAACUUGAAUGAAGUUCGGUCUCAUUAUCAGAGUCGCUGCCUCAGCCGGUUUAAUUCUGUGAAACGCAAGCAGCUAGAGAGACUUCGUCAGCGAUCUGAUUGGUUCCUGAGUCCCACAGUCAGAGAGCGAAACAACAGCAGGAAAGGCAAGGGGGAAUGGACAUUAAGCCAGUUUUCCAGCAGCAGUGGUCAGAGCAGCGGCCAGCACCGCGGAAAUGGCAACUGUGAUGGCAAAACUAAUGGCGGCGGGAACACCAGUUCAAAGGGCAACAGCAAAGUCCUGCAAGCAAAAACCUCAGGGAACUCAGUUGUCACAAAAGCUUCAUCAGAAGGUGCUGUGUUGGAAGCUUUCUCCGACGGAGACAGUGUUUUUACGGACAACACAAGCCGCAGUGAGUCGCCAGCGUCUGAGCCUGUCUGGUCUCACAUUCUUAAAGUCCACUCCAGGGACAUUAUCCACAGUGACACCGGUGUGUUAGCUCCUCUUGAAAUGAGUUUGUACGGAGGGAGUUCGGGGGCCGAUCUCAGCAUUGACUCCCAUGAUAAUAUUAGUGGCCAGCAUUUUGGCGAUUUAUCUCCGCCGCUGCUGCGAAGCAAACUGGUUGAAGAGGAGGAGCAAGGGACGAAAGGGGAUGACGAGGAAGAGGAUGAAGAUAAUAACACCCCGACGGGAAUACAAGAUGAAGAAGACACGAUAAUGGCGUCAUCCAGCCUUGAGCUCCAUCAGAACAGUUCAACAGACAAGGGUAGUGCUUGCAGCCAGGACUCUCCCAUCGAUUCUUUUGGCGACAGCGGGGAAGACACUAAAUUAAAACAGAAAGAAGGAGGGAGCAGUGCCAAAUCUCAGGCAUCCUCCAUAGAGACAGGUGAGCAGGGUGGUCUUAUUCAAGGGCAGCAAACACAACACGAACAAGUCGGAUUUGAAACAGUAGUUGAAGCAGCAGUAGCAGCAACAGAGGGGCAAGAACAAGCGGAGCUACCAGAAGAAGAUGUAGAUAGGUUGAGUGAGCAGACACAGUGUUCGUUAGUCAAACAAUCUUCUGGUGACAGCAUCACAGACUCCUAG